AUGGCCGAUCCUGAACACCGUGAAGAGGAGGAGGCACCAGCCGUCGGCGAUGACGAAGAUACUGGAGCCCAAGUCGCUCCCAUCGUUAAACUUGAGGAGGUUGCCGUCACCACCGGUGAAGAAAACGAAGACGCCAUUCUAGAUCUCAAAUCGAAGCUUUACCGAUUUGAUAAGGAUGGAAAUCAGUGGAAGGAAAGAGGUGCUGGUACUGUGAAGUUCUUGAAACAUAAGGCUACCGGUAAAGUUAGGCUUCUCAUGAGGCAAUCCAAAACUCUCAAGAUCUGCGCCAAUCAUUUCAUUAUUCCUACCAUGUCUGUGCAAGAACAUGCUGGUAAUGAGAAAUCCUGUGUUUGGCAUGCUAAGGAUUUUGCUGAUGGUGAACUAAAGGAUGAGCUUUUCUGCAUUCGUUUUCCAUCUAUUGAAAAUUGUAAAAGCUUUAUGGAAACAUUCUUAGAAGUUGCCGAGUCCCAAAAACAAGUGGAUGACCUGGAAGCAUCUGCAGCAGCUAUUCUUGUUGAGAAAUUGAGUGUUGAUGACAAGUCGGCUGAUGCAGAGAAGAAAGAUGAAGAGAAGUCUGCGGAAAAAACUGAGAAGAAAGAAUCAGCAUCAGGUGAGACUGUUAAGGCAGAUGCAGAUAAAAAAGUUGAAGAGCCUGAGUCUGCUUGA